GCAGGGGCACCGUCACCUGAUCUGCAGUGGCUGCAGUCCUCCAGGCACUGGAAGCUGAGGCUGUGAUGGCGGCAGCGGUUACGGCGGCGGCCCGGGUUCGGGCAGGGACGCUGCGAGUCCCUGCUCUGUGGUGGAUGCCAUGGCUGUGGUUGUUACUGUUGCUGAUGGCGGAGUUGGCGGCGGCAGAGCAGCAGGUGCCGCUGGUGCUGUGGUCCAGUGACCGGGACUUGUGGGCUCCCGCAGCCAACACGCACGAGGGUCACAUCACCAGCGACAUGCAGCUGUCUACCUACUUAGACCCCGCCCUGGAGCUGGGCCCACGGAAUGUGCUGCUCUUCCUGCAGGACAAGCUGAGUGUCGAGGACUUCACAGCAUACGGUGGUGUGUUUGGAAACAAGCAGGACAGCGCCUUUUCUAACCUGGAGAAUGCCCUCAGCCUGGCCCCGUCCUCGCUGGUGCUGCCUGCUGUCGACUGGUAUGCAGUCCGUGCUCUCACCGCCUACCUGCAGGAGAAGCUUGGGGCCAGCCCCCUCCACGUGGACCUGGCCACCCUGCGGGAGCUGAAACUCAAUGCCAGUCUCCCUGCCCUGCUGCUUAUCCGCUUGCCCUACACAACCAGCUCCGGGCUGAUGGCACCCAGGGAAGUCCUUACGGGCAACGAUGAAGUCAUUGGGCAGGUGCUAAGCAUGCUGCAGUCUGAGGAUGUCCCGUACACAGCAGCCCUCACGGCAGUCCGCCCUUCCAGGGUGGCCCGUGAUGUCGCCCUGGUGGCUGGGGGCCUGGGUCGCCAGCUCCUACAACAGCAGCCCGGGGCAGCUGCGAUUCACCCGCCUGUGAGUUACAAUGACACUGCCCCCCGGAUCCUGUUCUGGGCUCAGAACUUCUCUGUGGCCUACAGGGACCACUGGGAAGACCUGACAGGCCGCACCUUUGGGGUGCAGGAGCUCAACCUGACUGGCUCCUUUUGGAAUGAGUCCUUUGCCAGCCUCUCACUGACCUAUGAGCAGCUCUUUGGUACCAUGGUGACAUUCAAGUUCAUUCUGGCUAACCGCUUCUACCCAGUGUCUGCCCGACACUGGUUUACCAUGGAGCGCCUGGAGAUCCACAGCAACAACUCGGUGGCCUACUUCAAUGCCUCCCAGGUCACAGGGCCCAGCAUCUACUCCUUCCACUGCGAGUACGUGAGCAGCCUGAGCAAGAAUGGCAAUCUGCUGGUGGCCCGUGUUCAGCCUUCGCUCUGGCAGAUGACCCUGCAGGACUUCCAGAUCCAGGCUUUCAACCUGACCGGGGAGCAGUUCUCAUACGCCAGCGACUGUGCAGGCUUUUUCUCUCCAGGCAUCUGGAUGGGGCUGGUCACCUCCCUGCUGAUGCUUCUCAUCUUCACCUACGGCCUGCACAUGAUCCUCAGCCUCAAGACCAUGGACCGCUUUGAUGACCACAAGGGCCCUGCCAUCGCCUUGACCCAGCUGGCAUGACCCUGUGCCGGGGGGGGGUUGUGAUGGUGGCCUGCUUGUUGUUGUCCUACCUGCUACACUGCACCCAAGGGUCUCUGUCUUCCUGCCAUAGCAUGGGCCUCAGUGCCCCUCAGCGUGUCUUACUCCCACGUCCGUCUGUGACGGGCUUCCCUCGUGUCUUCCAACAAGGUGUCCGGGAUUCUGGUCGUACUUCCCGGGCACAGUCAUGGUGAAGGGGAGGGGUCAUU